AUCCUCUUCAGUUGAAGCAAAGUUGGUGGGGAGGAGGAAGUAACAUGAGGAAAUCAGUCAUGAUUGGCUAGUAUAAGCACAGAAAAAACAUUUUAAGGAGUCACAUCCCAUGUUGAAUGCACAGAGCUAGGAAGGAGGAGAAAUACAAAUAACCAGAGGAUGGCAGGAGGCCUCGUCUCCUUCUGGCCACCUGCAGCUCUCAGGCUCUUUCUGGUGGUGUCCCUGCUCUUCUCUUCCCCAGCGAAGACCCUCAACCUCCAAGCGAGCAAUCCCACAGUGUAUUCUGAAGCCAAUGGAAGUUAUUUUGGAUUUGCCCUGGAUUUCUACCGGGACAAGAAUGGCAGGAUGAAUGUGGUUGUGGGGGCACCCCGAGCCAACACCUCACAGCCUCUUGUGACUGAGGCAGGGUCCGUCUACCUGUGCCCCUGGGUGGCCAGUGGCAGCAAGUGCACUCCCCUUUUGUUUGACACCCUUGGUGAUCAAACAGAAAAACUUGGUCCGAUUACUAUGAAAACCUUUAAGUCAAAACAAUGGCUCGGAGCAUCUGUGAACACCUGGAAAGACACUAUCAUGACUUGUGCCCCUUUCCAACACUGGAAUUACAUUAGUGGCACAAAGGAGGCCACAAAGACCCCUGUUGGCAGCUGUUUCUUGGCCACAGAAGGCCUGCAGCAUUUCAGUGAAUAUUCCCCAUGCCGUGACAACAAGAUACAUUCAGUUUACAUUUCAACAUUAUUUGUAAAUGACAGACGCUACUGUGAAAUUGGAUUCAGCCUUGCCAUCUCUGAUACUGGAAGAGUGCUGCUUGGGGCACCUGGUGGUUAUUAUUUUGGAGGUCUGAUCUAUUCAGUCAAUAUGUCAGCAAUCAGAGCAAGCUUUCCUCAGACCCCUACCCUUUUGUGGACAGUGCAACCGCAGCAAGUCACAAAAGAUUCCAUGUAUUCCGAUUAUGAAGAUACAUACCAGGGGUAUUCCGUGGCUUUCGGGGAAUUUAAUGAAGACCCUGAAUCACCAGAGUAUGUGGUGGGUACCCCUAACAAGAGCCAAACACAAGGAGCGGUGGAAAUUCUCAGCUGGAAGAAUACCUUCCAUAUUCUGUGGACCAUCCCCAGUGAGCAGAUCGCAUCAUACUUUGGGCAUACAGUUGCGGUUGCGGAUGUCAAUGGAGACGGGAAAGACGACAUUCUUGUGGGGGCCCCUCUCUUUCUAGAGCGCCGGGCUGACCGCAAACUCUACGAAGUGGGAAGAGUUUACCUGUACCUGCAGCAAAAGACCCGCCAUGCUUACAGCACUCCCUGGCAGACCCUGACAGGCACCGAUGUCUAUGGGCGAUUUGGCAUGGCCAUUGCUCCUCUGGGUGACACGAACCAGGAUGGAUACACUGAUAUAGCCGUAGGAGCCCCUUUUGCUGGCCAAGAAGAAGGUGGCCGUGUAUAUAUCUACUGUGGGCGUACUGAGGGCCUGAGUAUAUCCCCAGACCAGAUCCUUGAGAAUCCCUUCUCCGGGCCCGCUGGCUUUGGUUUUGCCAUUCGUGGAGGCUCCGACAUUGAUGCCAAUGGAUAUCCUGAUGUGCUGGUUGGCGCUUACAGAGCAAGCAAAGUGGCUGUCUACAGGGCUCAGCCGGUGGUGACAGUCAAAGCCCAGGUGCUCAUGCCAGAUGCACUGAAUCCAGAGAAUAAAACAUGUACGGUGUCAGGACCAAAAGUCAGCUGCUUCGUCAUCAAGGUGUGCGUUGGUGUGUCAGGAAAGCGCAUUCCACACAAGAUUGACCUGCAUGCAGAACUGCAACUGGACCGCAUGAAGCAGAAAUUUGGACGGCGAGUUUUCUUUCUAGAAACCAGCCAAUCAAGUAGGACUCUGUUGCUGGAACUGACACGAAAUAUCCCUCAGACUUGCAAGAAUUUCACUGCCUACCUGCGGAAUGAGACUGAAUUCAAGGACAAACUUAGCCCCAUUGUUGUGAGUCUCAGUUCCAGUUUGUCAUCCACCUCUGAAGUAGAUGAACUGAAGACUGUGCUGUAUGGCCAAACAAUGGUCCAGGAGCAGACCCGAAUUGCUCUGGAUUGCGGUGAAGAUAAUAUCUGCACCCCGGACCUCAGUCUCUCUGCUCGCAUGACUGAAGACUUCCUGCUUAUUGGGGCUGAGAAUGUGGUUCAUAUCCAAGCAACGGCAGUGAAUGCCGGCGAAGGGGCCUACGAGGCUGAGUUAGUGCUGGAGCUCCCAUAUGGGGCUUACUUCCAAAGAGCUAACAGCAGUGCACAGAACUUAAUCUGCACUUUCCAAAAGGAGAACGAGACUCAUGUGGUGUUUUGUGAAGUGGGCAACCCUAUGAAAGCCAACACAGAGAUCAAGAUAGAAGUGGAACUAAGUGUGAGUCACCUGGAAGAGGUUGAUAUUGUCAUCUUCCUGCUGCAGUUGAAGAGCAAGAAUAGCCACAACCCCAACAGCAAUGUGGCACAGUUGCUGGUGGCAGUCAAGGCCGAUGCAAAGAUGGAGCUCCUAGGGACUUCUGUGCCAGCCGCCAUUGUGCACCCACUAGUCACUGGAGACCAUAAGUACAACAGCUCGCAAGUAGAUGACUAUGGACCACAAGUAGAACACAUCUAUCAGUUGCGAAACACAGGCCCCAGCACUGUGUCGGGGGCUGAGCUUACUGUGGAUUUUCCCAACACCUUCCGGGGAGGCUUCUUGCUUUAUAUCACAAGGGUGAGCACAGAAGGCAACAUCACCUGCUUCCCCACAAAUGCAACCAACCCUCUGAGGCUGGAGGUCCACGAGCCCACGGCGGCUCCCAGCCACAGAAUGACUGCCCAGCCACAUCGCAGGCGUGAGAGGCGUGCUGUGAGCCCAGCAACUGUGGAGGAGCCCACUGUGGUGAACUGCAGCAGCCAAGCCUGUGCUGCCACCCGCUGCCAAGUGGGGCCGCUGGAGAGUGGGCAGGGAGCUUUGGUGACCAUCCAUGCAGUGCUGUGGCUGCCGAGCUUUGAGAAGCAUUCCCUGGAACAGUUCCUCAUCCAGUCUCAAGCCACGUUUAACACUUUAGGAGUGCCUUACCACGUCCAGCCAGAAAACCUACCAAGCGGAUCCUCCCAGGCUGAAACACUGGUUGAGUGGGUGGACCCCAAUGCCGAGAGGAAUAUUCCAGUAGGGUGGAUCAUAGCAGCAGUGCUGACGGGACUUCUGCUCCUCACAGUCACCAUGAUCAUUCUUUGGAAGAUGGGCUUUUUCAAGAGAAAGCGGCCACCUACAGAGGAGGAGGAAGAGGAGGAACUGACCAAUGAUCCUGGGGAACAGCCAUCUGGGGAGGGUCAGUAAUGGGUGAUCAGGCUCCUGCUACAUGGAGCCACCUCUUUGUGGUGCCAAGAAGAUGCCAGUCAGAUUCCACAUCUUGUGUGACUAUUGAUCCAUUGCUGUCACCAUCCACCCCUCAGGACACCCCUUUUGCAGGCUGCACCCUCUUGCUAAAUUGAUGCCAGCAAUAAACAUCAGCCACAGCUGUAGUGUUUAAGGAGUUUCUAAUUUCUGAGCACCACAGAAGUACUUUCCAUCCUCACAAAGCAUGGAUAGGUCUGUAAAAACAUGCACAGUCCAAUAGAUAUGUAGGGAAACAAUCAGAUGACCAGCACAUCCAUACCCCAAAAUGUGUAUAAUUGGUGCAAGAGUUUCUUUUUUUAAUGGUAGCUAUGAUGCAAAUACCACUUCUCUGAUGCCACGCUUCCGUUUCACCUGCAAAAGUCUCAUCAGCCACUGCUACAACAUUCCAUCAUUUUAAUUUUCUUCAAUGCAUAGAUUAUUAAAUGUCUUAUUCGUUAUGUCCAGAGUCACAAAUUCAUCAAAUCUAGAGCUGUUCCAGUAAUUAGAAUCCAGUUGUUUUGAAAAGUUCACCUCUCCAUUCCAAGGCAAUCUAUAGCAAGAGAUUUUGCUUGCAAGCGUGUAUGUCUGUAUCUCCUUUUCCCAUUGGUCAGUUAAUGGUAUAUGCCAUCACUGGCAUCCUUUUGCUGAAAGAUGUGUACUGCAGUUAACACAUGUAUCACCACAUACCUCUUAAGAGGCUCAUCUUUAACACGCCCCAAGAGUGUAAUGGUAAGGUUAACUUAUAAUCCAAACACCCUAUUUAUUUUUAUCUUAUAGUCACAGUCCAGUACUACUUAAACAGGCUACUACAAUUGGCACCAUAUAUGUAUAAAUAACCCCAUUCUAUGCCUGUACUAUACACGUAUACUGUAGCCUUGAUGUCUACAAUGGCCCAAGGCACACGACAGACUGACUCUGAGAAAGCCGAGAGACAGUGGUGUAGUUAUGGAUUCUGGACUCUAACGGAAAUGAAGAGCAGACUGUAGUUUCCACUCUAGUUUAAAAGACUGGUACUUUCAUGCUGCAUUCCCUGCUGGUGAGCAAAAGGAGUUCUAAGGUCUCCUAGUUAACAGCAAAACUACUAAGUUCAGAGGGAAUAAGUUAAGGAAGAUGGUGGUAACUGGAGCAGCUCUGAAGAUCUGGGGUUCACGUCAACUCUGUCCAUGGUCCUAUUCAUUCCAGUAGGUCUACUUUUAGGAUCCAUGCUGGAUUUUUUAAUUGUUUCCCUGAAUUGCAGUAACUGAUACCAAAAUAAAUCCUUGAUUAUAAGAAAAUUCAUACCAGUGUCUUCAGAACAAGGGUUGGUUGGUUGAUCUGUAUGUUGUUUGUUGGUUUGUUGGAUUUAUAAACCACACUAGAUAGUCCCACAAAGGACUCCCUGUAUCAAGUCUGGUAUAAUUUUACUGUUACCUGUGAAAGCUGUGGAGUUGAAUAAGACAUUCCACAUAGGUUUUGCUUAAAGUAAAUGUUGAGAAUUAAAACUGAGAAUACUAAUUUAAGUGCCAA